AUCUCGUGUUUUUAAGCUGAGCAAUAUCUCAUUAUUUUCCGGAGGUCUUCGGGACAAGCAGUUGUAGUGUGUACGCCCCUACGUAAUCAAGUAGCGCGCAGUCGAUUUGCUAGUAUUUUAAUAUGCAAAAUGGCGGACGAAGCGAAGGAAGAUGACGAUCAAAGGACAGGUGUCCUCAUCAUGAGCACUGAGACAGCAGAAAACUCUCCUGCGAAGAAAAGUAAGGAGGUUGUGAUGAUACAAGCAGGAGGGGGCGAUGCCAGUCAGCAGACACGCCCCCAGACGGCAACUCCGGUAGCUACUUCGGUCGUACCUGUCAGCAUCACCCCAACUCAGAUGAUUCAGGUGAUGAGUUCAUCUGGCCAGCCCACGUUGGUUCACCCGACCAACGUCAUGACGGCUCAGGGCCUAGCUGCGCAGGGUUUCUCAGCCUUCCAACCGCAGGCAGCCCAACUCCAGGCCAUUGCAGGGCAUCUCCAACAACCACAGCAGUUCCUGGUCAAUCCUGGAUCAGGUCAGGUACUCCUGCAGACUCUACCCUUUGCACAGGCCGGUGCCACCCCCAUAGCUCUGGCUAACUUCCAGGGUGCGCAACAGGUUGCACUGGCUACCUCUGCUGCUCAGAUGCUCAAGUCACCCACGAACCAAAUCAAGAUGGCCACCAUGCAGAGCGCGGCCCAGCAGCUCCAGGCAGCCGCCGCCGCGUCCACCAGCCAGGUCCAGACCACCCAGACCACAGCAGGUACCUCCCAGGCCGUGGCUGCGGCAGCCGCCCAGCUGGCAGCACCGGUCCAGACCAUCACAACAGCACUAACGCCGCAACAGCUGCAACUCCUGCAACAGCAGCAAGUCCAGGUUAUCAGCCCUUUCGCCGACAUCACCAGGAUGUGGGCUAAUCAGCAACAGCCGCAACAGCAGCAGCAGCAGCAACAAAACCCGCAAUUCCAGCAACAGAACCAGCAGCCGAUGCAGCAGCAACAGACACUUCCUCAGCAGCAACAACAGCAGCAAGGCGUGCAACAACCAAAGAUUGCACCUCAGCUGCCGGGUCAGCUACAACAGAUCUCGGCACAAGACCUACAACAGUUGCAGCAACUCCAGCAACAGAACCCCAACCUGCAACAAUACGUCUUCUUACAAGCUCCCUCCCAGGUUCCCACAAACAUGCAGCAAGCCCAACAACUCUUGCUGCAACAACAGCAGCAACAGCAGCAACAACAGCAGCAGAAUCUGGCCCAGCAACAGGGGCUGUUGCAACAGUCGCAUGUCGGCAUGCUCCCCCAGCAAUCCCUUAUCCAAGCUCAAGCCAUCAAUGCACAACAACAGUUGCAGCAACAAGCACUGACUGCAGCAGGAAUCCAGUCUGUGUCCGCUGCCGCAGCCGCUGCAACAACAAAUGCCCAGAGUGUUACUGCCCAACAGCAGCUCCAGCUCCAACAAGCCCAGAAGCAAGGGGGCGGAGUGACCUCCGUCGCUGCCCAACCCAUCCCCAGUAUUCCUCACAGCCAUGUUGAAGAGCAGACGGAUCUGGAGGAGCUGGAACAGUUCGCUAGGACCUUCAAGCAGAGGCGAAUCAAACUGGGCUUCACACAGGGUGAUGUUGGUCUGGCCAUGGGCAAGCUGUAUGGCAACGAUUUCAGCCAAACAACCAUCUCUCGCUUUGAAGCUCUCAACCUGAGCUUCAAGAACAUGUGCAAGCUCAAACCUCUCCUACAGAAAUGGUUAGAUGAUGCCGAUACAACCGUAUCCAACCCUGCACUCCUAGGUCCUCACAAUAGCCCCGAAGGCAUCAACCGCCGCAGGAAAAAGCGCACAAGCAUCGAGACCAACAUUAGGAUAUCGUUGGAAAAGAGCUUCCUCAUGCAGCCGAAGCCAACGUCGGAAGAGAUUGUCCUCCUCGGGGAGCAGAUGGGUAUGGAGAAGGAGGUGGUGAGGGUAUGGUUUUGUAACCGUCGACAGAAGGAGAAGCGUAUCAACCCGCCGGUGUCGAGCCUGAAUCUGCAGAACUUGAUGGCGCACCACACCUCGCACUCCAUAUCAUCGAUGAACCUGUCACCAGGAGUCACCCAGAUCCAGCAGACCAACCCUGGUACCCCUGUCACGCCGUCCACGCCCAUCUCCUCCAAAAUCAUCAGCAGCAUCAGUGCCGCCGCCGCCACCAACGGACAGAACCCCAUCCCCAUGCAGGCUAAGACCGUGGCUAUACAGUCAUCGGGGAGAACUAUUGCGGUCAACUUGGUCUCUGCAACCAACGGUCAAGUCACAGCCACACCUGUGUCGACAGUCACUCCCAUCGCGCUGACCGCCGUUACUCCGUCCACAUCUGGCCAGCCACAGAUGUCUCUAAUCAAUUCAGCCACCCACAGGGCUAUCUUAGCUGCUGCCGUCUCGCAAAAAGCAGGGACAGGCAACACAGCAACACCAACGACAGCUACGCCAACUCUGUUGCAAACUGCUAAUCAACUAGCAUCGUUAUCGGCAGUACCGAGUGGAACGCCGUCAAAGGGCUGAAGUAGACCCAAGUACUGGCUUUAAACUGGUGCCAAGGGAGUACUGACGUCGCUUCCUGGACAUAUUUUAAAUUUUGAAUUUGGCCAUCUUUGAUGCUGUCUGCAUCUGAUCUUGGAAUGUCCACAAUGGACAAGCCCUUGUGUUGGUUGCUUUCAAACGCCACAAAGAUUUGUCUGGCAGGUAUCGAUAAAGAACUGUUUGGUUUCCUAUGAUCAAUAUUGAGCGUUUCAAGAGAGUUGAGAGAGACGAGAGCGGUCAGUCAGUAAGGUCAGUCAGUGAGGGCGACUGUCCAGUACCAUCGUGGGGACAUGUAGAUUAACCCCUCUACCAAUGCCGGUAUUACAGGUUUUCUGCUGUCUUUGGCUCAUUCGGGUUUGCCCUACAUAUCAGUCGGUUCAAAUUCUGUCCAUUCAAAGUACACAAAGUUUCCUCUCUUUCAAAAUCUACACAAGUCACUGUAUAAAAUAAUAUUAAUAAUAAUUUUCCGCUUUUAUAUAGCUCUUAAUACAUCUACGAUGUCUCUAAUCGUUUUACAGAUAUACUAUUACCCCGGUCAUUGGAUUCAAUACUUACAAUCUCCACUCCCUGGGGAGCAUUUCAGCUAGGCAUUACUUGACGUUCAAAAAACUGUUGGAGCAAAGUUUAACCCAUUUCUUCUCCUUCCUAUGUUUCCCCUGAUGUACACAAAUACACUGCAGUAUGCUUUUUAGGUUUAUUAUAAUGUGUAUCGGCCAUUCAAAUCGAAAUUAAAAUCCUGUGUUGGUAGAUCUGAAAUCUAUAUUUCUUUUGAUACAUUACCAGGGAUUUCAUCCGUCACAACAAAUCAAAUUGCGCUUUUCCAUUUGUGUUUGUGUAUAUUUUAUCAUGAACUAUUUAUGUACAUGCACUAUGCAGCCCCUGAUACCAUGUCAUUGUAGUUUAGCGCCAGGUUUCACCUCUAUAUGGAGAGUGAGAUUGCAAUCCAACGUUUGCAUCAAAGCAGAAAAAUAAGAUAAACAAAAUGCCGAAAGUUUGAAAUAAAUCAGACCCAAUAAACAAAAGUUUGGAUAUAUGAGAUCACUAUAAUUAUGCUAAUCUCAAAUUGGCAAUUUGAUCAGUGGAUUUUUGAUGUAGUCACUGACAACUCCCGUUUAGAGAAAAAAAAAAAAA